CUUACUUCCGCCAUUACUUGUACUCACAAGCUUCAAUCCAUGUAGUGAGUAGUCUCAUUAUGUAUGAAACAUGGAGAACGGCCUACAGAAAUAUAUAUUAUUGAAUGACAGAUUUGGAGAGCACGUGGAAAAAGUCUGCUGUUCGAAGAAAACAAUACCUAUUCAACUUUUUCGAGGUGAUAUAUUGGAGUGUUUACCUGAAUCAGAGCAACCAAAAGACCCUAAAAAGAUCGCUCUAAGUUCAAUGGACUUAAACAUAAACAUCGAACUAGAAUGCCCUUUGCUGGGUGUUUCAAAGCUAACAGACAGCGAAGCUGACUUGCUUCUUUCUGUCUCUUCAUUAGAGGAAAGGUUUCGUGUUUAUCUAAACGAGAGGAAUCUUCUACAGCAGUCCAAUUUAGAUGUUGGUCAUAAAGUUUUUGUCCGAAUAGGCACUACACGAGAACUUGAUGGAAUUAUUUGGUACAAGGGACGUUUACAUGGACAUAAUGGUACUUGGUUUGGUGUAGAGCUGUUGGGAAAGGAAUCUGAAGGACAGGGCACAUGUGAUGGUACAUUUAGAAACAAAACAUUUUUCGCUUGCCCGGCAGACCGUGGUGUUUUUGUUGCAGUAGAUGCACUACGUCCUCGGCAAGAACAAGAUAAGCCUCCUCAGAAAGAAACAACAAUAUUCUCUACCUUAAAGUAUAUGAUACCAUCAUUUUCAAGCAAAGAUACUUCUGCAGUUAGAAACAUGGCAAUAGGACAUAAGUUAAAAAUUGACCAGAGAGUUGUCGUAUUUCCAGAGAWUGAUGAUGAUAAAGUGCCACUGAGGGGGACCGUGCGGUACAUAUCUAAACGAGUAGACAGUCAUGGUGAUUGUCCUGUUGGAAUAGAACUUGAUCGUAAAAAAGGAAAGGGAACUGGAGAGUUCAAAGAAAGACAACGAUUUGUUUGUAGAGAAGGGUAUGCAUUUUUUGUACCGGUGACUUCUGUCAUCCCUGAGGAGGAUUUUGAUGGUGCAAGAACAGAGAAUUCUCAAGAAUCCUCGUCAAGUGAAGCAGAUGGUCUUGGUUCAUCUAUAGAAAAUACCGUGCAUUUUCACCAGAUGUUUAGAGCAUCUUGUUCGCUUAUUAAAUCUGGAAGAUGUGAUCCCUAUGUCACAGAGAACGUUGACACUCGUGAAAUCAAAAGUUAA